AACUGUGGAAACUCUGACCUAUUAUUGCUGAGGUAUUGGAGAAAUGAGAGAAAAUCUCUGAACACCAGGUUCAGCCAGGUAGUCGAGGUGAGAAGAUGUGUUAAAUGUGUAAGAAAUAGAAACAAUUUCAAAAGAGAAAAAGGCAAUGGAAGAUAUGAGGAAAGAAUACAAAGUCCUGUCUAAUAGAACAAGUGUAAUAAAUUUUGUACUUCUUGGAAUCUCUGGAAGUCACGACAUUCAGAUUUUAUGCAUCAUACUUUUCCUGAUUAUGUAUCUUUUUAUUUUAGUGGGAAAUCUUCUGAUUAUUCUUUUGAUAGCAAUCAAUAGUUAUCUGCACACUCCCAUGUAUUUUUUUCUGAUCAAUUUAUCCACUGGUGAUCUUGGUUGUUCUUCAGUCAUAAUUCCAAAAGUAGUAUUUAACACAUUCAUGAACUCAACAUGGAUAUCAUACUCUGAAUGUGGGGUGCAAAUGUUUUUCAUUCUUUUUUUCCUGACAACCAACCUGUUCAUUCUCACUAUCAUGGCUUAUGAUAGAUACAUUGCCAUCUGUUACCCAUUGCACUUUGCAUCCAUAAUGAAGGGGUCCACUUGCCUACAAAUGGCUGGGGGGGCCUGGAUGUUUGGAUUUCUACAUGCUUUGCUACACACCGGGAAUAUUUUUUCAAUGCCUUUCUGCUCCAACAUCAUUAAUCAGUUAUUCUGUGAAGUUCCACAAUUAAUCAAGCUUGUUUGUUCUGACUCUUAUCUCAGUGAAACCUGGAUUCUUGUCAUUAGUUCAGUUUUAGGAGUGGGCUGCCUCAUAUUCAUUAUCUUGAGCUAUGUGCAGAUCUUUUCCACAGUGCUGAGAAUGCCCUCAGUUGAGAGAAGGGAAAAGGCUUUUUCCACUUGCAUCCCCCACUUUAUUGUUGUUUCCCUGUUUGUUGGAAAUAGCCUCUUGGCUCACUUAGCCUACCUGAUGCCCACCUUUCUGUCCAAAUUGGAGAAAUCAUUUACUGUGCUAUACACUCUUGUCCCUUCACUGAUGAAUCCAGUAAUCUACAGCAUGAGAAAUAAAGAUAUCAAGUCUGCCUUUUGGAACUGCCUUGGUUGGAAGCAUUUUAGCAAGAAGUAAUGCAAAUAUAUUUUUUCAUGUAAUUAUGAUAUUAAGCAUAAUGACAACUAGUUGAGGUUCCCUAAUUUUGGGUUUCUCUGUAUAACUUGAUUAUCUGUGUGAUUUUUUUAAUGUGAUUUAUUUAUUUAUUAAAUUUCUGUACUUCAA